AUGGACGGACUUGGUGGUGGUAUGUUCAUCGAUCGAGCUGAAGAUGCGCGAAAACAAGAGAUUACUCAAGAAUAUCUCAAUUUUUUGGAUAAUCAGGCAGAUACAAAUCAUUAUCGUCAAAAGAUUGUUCGAAUGAUGACUGAAGGUGAUAGUCGAUUAAUUGUGAAUUUGGAUGAAAUUCGUGAAAAAAUGCCACAAAGAGCUGAAGGAUUGUUGAAAGAAUCUGUCAAUGAAUUGAAUUGUUUGCAAACUGCUUUGAUGGAAGCAAUUUCGAGAUCUGAUGUUCAAGCAAAUAUUAAAACGUGAGUUUGGACAAGGAAGUAUUUUUCAUUAUAGUUUUGAUGAAAACACGUGUUAUCUUUAUCAAAACAUGCUCUUCUUUCACAUAAUAGAACAAAAGUACUCUAGGUUUUUCUAAUUAGCUUAAUCUCUUUGCGCAUGACUUACAUCAUCAUACAUACAAAAUUAAGAAGAAGAUAUCAAAAAACAAAUAUUUUCAGCGGAUUCCAUGUUGGAUUUGAGGGAACAUUUGGAGAGCGACAUGUGAAUCCAAGAACUUUGAAAUCGACAUAUUUGGGAAAUAUGGUUUGCUGUGAAGGAAUUGUCACAAAAUGUUCAUCUGUUCGUCAAAAAUUGAUGACUUCUGUUCAUUAUUGUCCGGCGACAAAUAAAGUUUUGGAGAAAAAGUUUGCCGAUUUCACAAUGUUGGAUACAAUUGUCACCAAUAAUUCAUAUCCAACUGAGGUAAGGAAAUUGGAUUAUUCUUUCAACAAAAAUCGAGUUACAUGAUUAGAGUUCAAAUUUUGAUUAUCGCGCGCGAAGUAUCAAAGAUAACGUGAUUUUAACCUUUCAAGAGUUUUCCGCCUAAUUUAAUCAGACCAAAAUAUCAAUGAAAUCAAUAUUUAUUUUUUUAGGACGAGAACAAAAACCCAUUGGAAACUGAAUUUGGUCACUCAGUCUACAAAGAUCAUCAAACAUUCACAAUUCAAGAAUUGCCAGAAUCUGCACCAGCUGGACAAUUGCCAAGAUCAGUUGAUUGUGUUGCUGAUGUUGAUUUAGCUGAUCGUGUCAAACCAGGAGAUCGUGUUCGAAUUAUUGGAGUUUUCCGUGUUCUUCCAAGUAAACAAAAUGGAAUGUCAACUGGAUCAUUCAGAAGUAUUAUUAUUAUCAAUAAUAUUCAAAUGCUUUCAAAAGAAGUUGUUCCACAUUUCGAACCACAAGAUGUAAAAGAUGUUAGAAAGAUUUCAAAAUCAAAGAAUCCAUUCGAUUUAUUGGCUCGUUCACUUGCUCCAUCAAUUUGUGGACACGAAGAGACUAAAAAAGCAUUGUUAUGUUUAUUAUUAGGAGGAAUGGAAAAGAUUCUUGAUAAUGGAAGUCGUCUUCGUGGAGAUAUUAAUGUUCUUUUGAUUGGUGAUCCAUCUGUCGCAAAAUCUCAACUUCUUCGAUAUGUUUUGAAAAUGGCACCAAGAGCUAUUACAACAACUGGAAGAGGAUCAUCUGGUGUUGGUUUGACAGCUGCAGUCACAACUGAUCCAGAUUCAGGAGAAAGAAGACUUGAAGCUGGAGCAAUGGUAUUAGCUGAUCGAGGAGUUGUUUGUAUUGAUGAAUUUGAUAAAAUGUCGGAUAUUGAUAGAACUGCUAUUCAUGAAGUUAUGGAACAAGGAAGAGUUACCAUUUCGAAAGCAGGAAUUCAUGCUAAAUUAAAUGCAAGAUGUUCUGUUUUAGCUGCUGCAAAUCCAGUUUAUGGAAGGUUUGUUUUUUUGUUUUGAAUUAAUAAAUACUAUUCAAUUUGAUUUUCAGAUACAAUCCAUUCAAAUCACCAAUGGAAAACAUUGGAAUGCAAGAUUCUUUGCUUUCUCGUUUCGAUUUGAUCUUUGUACUUCUUGAUGAACACGAUCCAGAUCGUGAUUCUGAUGUUGCUAGCCACGUUCUCAAAUUGCACACCUACCGUACUCCGGGAGAAGCUGAUGGAACUGUUCUUCCAAUGGGAAGUGGAGUUGAAACUGUUUCGACUUUGCAAAUGGAAACCAAAAAAACAAGCAAUUCAAUUUAUGAGGAAAAUACAUCAUGGGCUGGAAUCGAUAAUAGCAAACAAAUUUUGACAAUGGAUUUCAUGAGAAAAUAUAUUCAUUUGGCAAAGAAUGUGCAACCAAAAUUGACCGAUGAGGCCACCGAAUUCAUCUCUGAAGUUUAUGCUGAAAUUCGAUCAUUUGAUAUUUCGAAAACUGAUCAAGAACGGGUGAGUGACUUUUUUCCAGAUCAAUUUUUCAAUCGAAAAAUCUUUAGACUAUGCCAGUAACUGCUCGUCAACUCGAAACUCUUAUUCGUAUUUCAACCGCAAUUGCUAAAGCAAGAUUCUCAAAACUUGUUCAAAGAGAGGAUGCCGAAAAAGCUUAUCAUUUGCUUCAUUUCGCUUGCUUCAAAGAGAAACCAAAAGCUCGUGUUGAAUAUGAAAAGAAAAAGAGAGGAGCUGAAGAUUAUCGAUCAGAUGAAGAAGAAAAAGAUGACGAAGAUGAUGAUCAAGAAACGACUGAACCAGUUGAUGAAUCAGAAUCAGUUCCAACAGCUCCAACACCAAGAAGAGGAGUUCGUAGACGUGCAGUUAUUGAAGAAGAUGAAGAAGAGGAAAGUAUGGAGACUAGUUCAAUUGCUGAACCAAUUGCUAAAAGACAAAGAGUUGAACCAGCUUCAAUUGGUGUUGAUAGAUAUAAGGAAUUGAGAAAAUAUGUUAGAAAAGCUUUUGAUGAAUUGGGUGGAGCUGAUGAAAUGAUGGAAUUGGCUAAGAUUACUGAAAGUAUGUUUUUUUAACUCGAGAAUGUUUCAAAAAAUUAUUAAUUAUUUUUUAGAUGUUCAAUCUCAAGCUGGUCGUUUCAAAUUCACAGAAAGUGAACUCAAAGCCGGUUACGAACAAUUGGAAAAUGAAAAUGCUGCGAUGAUUGCCGAUGAUAAAAUUACAUUAAUCUAA